CAAAGCCAUUUUUACUUCAGGAAAGAAAUAACAAAGAUUAACUAUUCUUAAAUGACAAUGGAACGAGAGCUGGAUUACUGUGUUCUUAUGAAUGGGAUAGAUAACCUUGAUUUCCAAGGAAAUGCUGUGCCAAGUAAUCUUGUGCUAAUAGGCAACUAUGCCUUCCCACUCUCCAUGAAUCCAAGAGGUCAGGUCCUUAUGGCUGCAUCUCACUAUGGCCAGGGACGUAUAGUAGUCCUGGGACAUGAGAUGUAUUUAACAAGUUUCCCAAACCUAGUAAAGAAUGCCUUGACAUGGCUUAUGCCAUCUGAGUCUUUAAACACAACAGUAGGUAUUCAAAAGGGUCUCGAAUCCCUUGCAGUGAAUUUAUCCUACAGCUCCAUGAAAACUGAGGUAGGAGAUUUUAAAAAUGAUGGUUUGGCAGUCUAUGUCACCGAUGCCUACAGUGUUGAAUCAUGUGCCAAAGAGUUAGUAGCCUUCCUUAAAUCUGGGGGAGGCUUGCUUAUUGCUGGUCAGGCUUGGUAUUGGGGGCAAACCCAUCCAGGAGAAAAUACACUGCUCUGCUUCCCUGGCAACAAAGUGUGCAGUGUGGCAGGAAUCUAUUUCUCAGAGCUUCCAGGGGAAGUUGGCAAAUUUCCUGUGCCAAGACAAAUCCCAUCAAGCUGGCUGGCAGUGUCAGUUGGUAAGGACUUCAAAGAGGACUUAAAUUUUCUACUCCAAGAGGUUUUGGAGUUUGAUGUUCAAGGUGACGCUUUAGCAUCUGAAGUGAUGGUAUAUGGACCCUUAGCCUUUCCUAUUACACUUACUCCAUGUGGAAGACCAUUCAUUGCUGGGGCCUACUAUGGACAGGGGAGAAUAAUUGUGGCAGGCCAUGAAGAGUACCUUGGUCGUGAUUUGCUUUCUAGCUUUUUGAUUAAUGCUCUCCUCUGGCUUGAUAAAAGGCGUAAUGGGGUUAUCGGGAUCAUUCCCCAACUUAAAGAUGCCCACUGUGUUCUGAGCAAGUCGGGGCUAAAUUGUCAAUUCACCGGAUUUAGGGAAGACCUAAGCGUCUUUGUCUGUACCUCCUAUGAUGAUUCUCAGUGUCACCAGAUCCAGGAGUUUGUUGCUGAGGGUGGAGGUCUCAUGAUAGGUGGUCAUGCUUGGUAUUGGGCACAGUGUAACCCCAAUCGCAACGUGAUGACGGAUUGCCCAGGGAACCGUAUCCUCAAUAAAAUGGGAAUGUGUCUUAUGGUGAACACCAUAGGUGGUAGCUUAUAUAAAGCCCAGCAAAUAACGGAAGAUGGUGACAGCGGUACACAGGCAUACCAUUUCCGUGACUUGCUGCAGCGUUUUGCCGGCCAUGUCAUCCAAGGUCAGGAUCUUACAAAACGUGAAGAGGAAUGUUUGCAGAAGCUGAGGAAUGAUUGCACAAAUUAUCUGCGCAUGCAGGCUCAUGACAGCGCUUCCUAUACUUCAACAGUUGCACUGAUCACAGAUAUGGUGAAAGAAGCAGGAGUACCACAGGUGUGUCAUACAUGUCCUGUUGAAAGUAACAAAGAUAAAAUGUUGCUUUAUGUGGGAAGUGAGGUGUUCAAGGUGUGCAAAGAUCCAGAUGCACUUCUGCCAUUCAUCAUUAACUACAUACCCAACCUGCCUAUAGUGUCCAAUGUGAGAAUCCAGAUCAGUGCAGACACAUCAGGUACAGAUUCUUAAUAAAUUAAAUUUUGUGUUUUAGUUUUUACAGUAAAACCUUGGCAUCUGCAGAUUGGAUGUCAGACAGAUUGCUUGGGUGAGGCAGACCUUCUGAAACGUGCUCCUGUGGUGCACAUGCGAUGUGCGUUAGACAGUGAGAUGCUGCAAGUCUGGAAUUUGUGGGGAGGCCUUAUAUACCUGAUUGCACCACCAAAGAGCCAAGUGCAUGGAGUGGAGGUGGUUGUGCAAACAGCUGUAAAAGCGCCAUACUACAAAUCUGGACAAACCAGUGUGGCAGACUGGGUAAAUGAUAUCCGUAAUGCACCAGCUCCUUGGGCAGAACUUGAGUUUGAAAAUGUAAUCAUUACCCUACACUCAGACUUCAUACGUAAACUGAACCGUCCUGACGAGGUAGCGGCUCUCUGGGAUUCCAUCAUGAAGGGUGUGGCUGACUUGGCUGCAAAACCUGCCAAGUUUCCCCGCAAGGAACGUUUUGUCGCCGAUGUUCAGAUCUCUUAUGGUUUCAUGCAUGCUGGCUUCCCUAUAAUGAUUCACACCACCUCUGUCGAAGAGCUCCUGAACCCAGAGACAGCUCGUACGCAGGGUAUUUGGGGAGCCAUUCAUGAAUUAGGCCAUAAUCAGCAGUGCUCUGCGUGGGAGUUUCCUCCAUAUACUACAGAGUGUACCUGUAACUUGUGGUCAGUGUAUGUGCAUGAGGAGGUGCUGUGGGUGAACAGGGCAAAUGCUCAUCCGAACAUGACUCCAGAAAGAAGAAAGGAUCGAGCUGAGGAUUAUGCUAAGGGAGGCAGGAAUCUGGACACAUGGAGUGUUUGGACAGCCCUGGAGACAUACAUGCAGCUACAAGAAAAAUUUGGCUGGGAUGCUUUCAAGAAAGUCUUUGCAGCCUAUCAGAACAUGCAGAAUGUGCCAAACGACAGGAAUGAAAAGAUGAACUUGUAUGCUGAAACAUUCUCAAAGGCAGUGAACAUGAAUCUGACUCCUUUCUUUAAAGCUUGGGGUUGGCCCGUUCAGCCCAGCACUGAAGAAACACUUAAAAGUCUGCCUACAUGGAGUGACCAUCCUAUGGCCCAGUAUGUUAAGUCCCCCAGUCUCAGUGUGCUUGAGUCUUAGUGUGCUUGAUGCCAUAGUCCCAUUAUGCUUGAUGUCCCAUUGCCAGUAUGCCUAAGGACCUAUUGCCAGUAUACUUAAUAUCCCAUCUCCAGUGUGCUUAACAUCCCAGUAUGAUUGAUGCCACAGUCCCAGAAUGUUUGAUGCCCCAGUCCUAAUAUGCUUAACAUCCCAAUAUGCUUGAAGCACUAGUCCCAGUGUAAUUCACAAGUACUAGUAUGCUGCAGUCUCAGUAAUGCUAAAAGCUUGACGUGAUUUUUUUUUUCUUUUGGUGGUUGCCUGGGUCUGAAUAUAAUGGUAAUAAAUAUUACCAUAUAGGAAAGUAGUUUCAGAGGCAUUAUAUAAACAAUAUGAUGCAGAUAUACAUAAGGAGCCAUUUAUUAGAUUGCUCUAAAACUGAUUAUAAUCUCAUUACAUUUACAGGUAAUCUCCUUUUUGAUCUGAAUAUGUUAAUUUUAUUUUAAUCUGUGGAACCAGCCUGUAGAGC